AUGUCGUGGUUAGUUUCCUGGUUACUGUACAUUGGUUACUUCCAUAGCAACCAUGGAAGCUGUCAACAAAAGCGGAAACCGGAGAGGAGGCAGACGCAAAAAGGGAAACAGUCCCGUGGUGCGCUGGGCAGGCAGAUGUUCCCACCUGUGGCUGCUGGGAACCCGGAGAAGUCUGAGCUCAGUGAGAACCAGCGUGUCCUCUCCCUGAACCAACAGGGUCUGCCGCAGCUCCAUGAGGCCUGCCUUUAUGGCGAGCUGGCUGCUGUUCAGCUCCUGGUCGAGUCCAGGCGACAGUGGAUCAACAGCAGUGAUUCCCAGGGUCGCCGGCCCCUUCACAUGGUCCUAUCCUACCAGAGCUUCCCCAGAACCUCCACCUGCCUCUGGUACCUGCUGGAGCACGGUGCCGACGUCAACGCUACCACAGACUCGGGGCAGACCCCGCUGCACCUGGCCGCCUCUGAGGGGUUCCUCGACUGUGCAGAAAUCCUCGUGAAAGCUGGAGCAGACGUUUUGGCCAAGGACAGCUUAGGACAAACGCCUCUGGACUUGGCCUGCAUCUGGUGUCACAGGAGGGUGGCACGGUUUCUGAAAAGCUGUAUGUGGCAUGUGGAUAAGGAGAAAGAAAGAGAGCAGAGAGUGCUGGCUCAAGCCUUAUAUACUCAGCUCGUGGAUAUGGCCAAACAGAAUGAUCUUAGCAGAAAGGCACUCCUCGAUGAGAAGAUGGCAGAGUGGGCGGAAAAGAAAGGCGUGCCCUCCUGAAGGAUUUCCCCCCCCAGGGGGCAGGUGAGCAAGUACCACGCCAAGUGCUUCUUAACAGAUCAGAGCAACUCGUGAUUCAAACAUGCGAAGGGCCAGCCUGAGCAACAGCAGCAAGAAGGUCCUCAAGACAGGCGCACCCCUCCUAAGCAACCUAGCCUCAUCUCCCAGGCGUGGACCAUCUUCACAGGCUCCAGCUAGAGAGACCCCCACACAGAACCAGACCUCUCUGACAGCGUCACCAUUUGGAGGGACGCUGCCAGCAGGCAACUUCAGUACACGACCAAGUGGGAAGCACACCUCGCCCGCUCCUAACCUGCCUUUGAUGUCCUUGAGAGGGUUUUGUUUCCCAGGAGCCUUCCCUCCAGGAUCGCCAGCCCUCAGGACUUUGCGCAGAACAUCAUGGAAGACAAAGAUCAAGGAUGCCCUCAGGAACAGAGCACCCCCCCUGGGACAGAGGUGGCCAUGCACCUGGCUGAGGUGCUGGAGUUUGAACCACUACUGAGAGUCUCAGUCUGUGCUGAAGAGGCCUCAACUAGACUUGAAAUUGGUUAACAAGCUCAGAAGAAAUGCAUUAACAGCUCAAGUGUCACUCAAUGGUUUAUAGUUUAUCAAAUGGCUAUUUCAAGUAGAAAUAUUAACAUUAUAUAUCAGAAGCAUUAAGGAGGCCUAUUAUACUCAUUUCACUUUCAUAUUUUUAUUCUUGAACUCAACCAGGGUAGGUUUGCAUGAGUCAUAAUUCAUAAACCUUAUUCAUCUUAUACUGAACCUUAGUGCAACACCUCAGAUCAUCCUGUCUGAAACAAGCUUAGUUUGUCUCCAUUUAAGGACACCCUCUCCUUGAGCCAUCUUUCUUCUGAUUGGCAGUAGGCUUAAACAGCUGAACCAGAACCAGAAGUAUGUGCCUGAGAUGCCCAUAUUAGGGAUAUCUGGUCCCAUUAACGUCAUAGAGAGCCAAGAGCAGAACAGUACUUAGUGCAGUCUGAAACAUGAGCUUUGGCUCCUGGGGAUGACUUGUAUGUGUGUAUGUAUGUAUGUGUGUAUAUAUAUAUAUACUCAUUUUUUAAAACAUGUCAUGAGCAUCCACCACCAUAACAGGAUAUAUACAAUAUAAAACAGAAAAUACAGAAGAGUCCCCUUUACUAGCUUUUAAAUCAAGUUAAGGAAAAAUACCCCCCCACACACAGUUUUAUAACUGUUCUUUAUGCCGUCCACAUUUUAAAACCCAAGAAGUUCAACAAAACCUGGCCAGGGAUUGAACCUGCGAUUAGUGGCCCACCCGCUCUAACCACCUGCACUGCAAUCACAGCUCAAAGUGCAAAAAUUAAAUAUGCUACCCCCGCUCCUGAAGCUGAACUUACAAAAGCGAGGUGAACAGAGGGGUGAAUGAAAGGUGAGAAAAACCUUCGUGAACUGGGUCGCCUGUCACAGGUGUAUCCCUGCACUCUCACUGAUCUCCCCCAGGGAAGCAAAUCGGGAUCCAGGUGAGGGCUUGUCAACAGCAUUAGAGUGUGAACUGCGAGGUGCGGCCUGUCAGAUGACGAUGUGUAUGUGUGUAUGUGUGUGUGUGUGUGCGCCUGCACGUGUUGUGUUUUUUUUCCUUUGAAUUCAUGGAGCACUUCACACGUUGAUGGGGGGGUCAAAGUGCACACUAGCAUCAACCUGGUGCACUCUGUGACCGGGCCACAUGAGAUCUGGAAAAGAAAGCCAUCUGGUCUGACACAUACUUUU